CUUGACUUGUUGAUUCGUAACUCCUCGUACGAUCAGCUCAUCACUGCCGUUACCUGUGUGCUGCCUGCUGGCGCCAAUCUGAUUCAAAUAACAGAGGGCUGUGUGUGUCUAAAAGUCCAAGUAGAGAGUCUUGCAGCUCUUGAAACUCUGUGGCGUUUAUACAACGAUGGGACACUGAAAGCAACUUUGCAAGCCUUGUUGGUCACAGAAGAAAUGAUCAUAGAACUUGCUAGCGGGGAACAUGUGGAAGCGGUCGUAACCAUCAACGAACAAGAGUACGAGAAAGUCCGCAACAAGUUGGCUAAUCAAACACAAGGUAAACAAAUGCUCGUGAUGUUUUCAAUAAACUCGCUCUCCAGAUAUAAAAAGAUCUAACCAUUACACCAUUCUGUAUUUUAGGAUACAAAGUAGUUAUUUAUUGGCCAUUGAAAUAUAAUACAUUUACUAUGGAUAACACAUAUUAUUAUUCAUUCAAAAUAUUUCCCCGAUUGUGAUUGGCUAAAAGCAUUCGCAUAAUUUACCAUAAGCAGCCACUGAUGACAAAAUUUGGAAGAAUUUUGCGAUUAAUCAACCAAUGACGUCAAAACCGAGAAGACCUGGGGACGAAGUUGAGUUGUUUUGGUUGUGAAAGGCAAAAAUGACGGACAUUUCACUCGCUUCAAGAGUAAGAACCAGGCGAAAUAAUAGCUAAAAACAUGGCAAGAACAGCAAGAAGACAAUUUGAAGGGCGACAUCUGCUAUUUAGAGAAUAUUUGCGGAGCUGAACAACCCUAAACGUGCACUAUCGAAGAUGAACUUAACAUCGAUGACGGUAAGCAUGUUUUAGCUAUGUUUUUAAACUAGGAAUUAUUUUGAAUGAAUAAUAAUUAACAAUUAAUGAAUGAGGCUCAGUAUCUUAUGAAGGAUUAUGGAGAUCGAGGAGGGUGUUACGGCCUCGACGGAUAACACACUCCUCGAUCUCCAUAAUCCUUCAUAGGAUACUCAACCUCAUUCAUUAAUUGUUAAAUACAUUGCCAGGAUUUGCCGCUGCAGUUUUAAAUACCCCUCGCCCUGGUAGGCAAAUCAUAUAGAAGAGGGUCUCAAUGGGGUGGUGGCUUUUACGGUUAUCGGCUAAAAUUUUGGCUCUUUUACGGCUAUCGGUUAAUUUUUUUCAGUUACGGAUAACGAAAAAGUUAAAAAUUAACUUCUUUUGUUUCAAAAAGUUAAAUAUUAAUUAACCUGUACUUUUUUGUAUCUUUAAAUCAAAAUAAAGGUCUUCGGAUCAUCUCGGGAUGAAAUAAGCUAUUCUUUUGAAACAUUUUAACAUUUGAUACAUCAUACUUUUUAUAAAGUAUUGGACUUCUGAUAUUAUUUUACACAUAGAAAUGUCAAUAGUCAAUUUAAAAAUAAUCUUUGUGAAAAAGCAAAAGCAGACACGCGAACGCCCAACUCAAGGCCGGGGCGCGACAUUCAUUAUAACAGAAAUGGCCGUUUUCACCCUAGAGAAGGAUUACUCGUGUGAGACGGGUUAUCCGUUUGAUGAUUCGCGUCAGAUAGGUGAUGCGUCUUAAUUUGGCAAUGGAAUAGUUUUAAUUUUGAAUAAACAAUCCGCCUGACUUUUGAGGACAGGAUUAUCCGUUCCAGAUAGCCUGUGUACAGACGCCCCCUCCCCUCAGAAAAAAAUCGGAGAAGGGGUGUCUGUGGGGAGGAAGCGACUGUACACAGGCUAGUCUCAGACGGAUGAUCCAAUUCUAGGUCUAGUGUGAAAACGGCCAAUAGCAAAAUUCCCGUGUUCAAUGUUUUUAAUGAUAGCGAAGGACUGUACGGAACGACUGUCUUGCCAUUGCCUUGUCCGUAGGCCGCAUUUUUCCGCGCGGCUGAUGCCUUUCGGGUCAUAUGGUCCGAGCGAGUUCGCCACUGAAAUGCCUUGACCGAGAUUGCGUGGUAAGACGCCGAACAGGGACUAGGCAUGGCGAUGUCUACCGUAGCGUCCGAGAAAAACAGGGAAAUGUUGUUUAUCGGCAACAUGUUUUACAAGCAGUGACAUCUCUGCGUGUUGUUUCACUAGUGUUUUGAGGGCACGGCCUCCUGAAAAUUGCAAAUAUUAAUCCCCAGCAAGAAGCCACACUUUCGCUAUGGAAAAAAUUAGUUCCCCAAGAAAGCGCCGGAAAUGGAGCCUAGGUCUUGGUUAGCACCUAAAAGGCGCUUCGCCUAACGUGCGUACUGAGUCACACUAGCCGGGAAAUAAAAAACGCAAUCAUAAGUGAGUUUAGUACCUUCCUUAAAAGUAGCAAAUCUAGGGAACACUUUCUUUUACGGUUAACUCUUUUUUACGCCAUUUACGGCUAACGGUUAAUUUUUUUUAAUUUUUACGGUUAUCGGCUAAAUUUUUGGCCGUUUUACGCCUAUCGGUUAACCCCAUCGAGACCCUCUUGACUUGUUGAUUCGUAACUCCUCGUACGAUCAGCUCAUCACUGCCGUUACCUGUGUGCUGCCUGCUGGCGCCAAUCUGAUUCAAAUAACAGAGGGCUGUGUGUGUCUAAAAGUCCAAGUAGAGAGUCUUGCAGCUCUUGAAACUCUGUGGCGUUUAUACAACGAUGGGACACUGAAAGCAACUUUGCAAGCCUUGUUGGUCACAGAAGAAAUGAUCAUAGAACUUGCUAGCGGGGAACAUGUGGAAGCGGUCGUAACCAUCAACGAACAAGAGUACGAGAAAGUCCGCAACAAGUUGGCUAAUCAAACACAA